CCUAAGGAGGAAAAGCAAAACGCGGCUGCGUAUAAGAGAGAGAGAGAGAGGGGAGGAUUGGAAACAGCCGAGAAAAACAACUCUUAAACCUAGCUCUCCCUUCUAACCCUAAAGCAUUGUUCUUGGGUCUCUAUGUGAAUCGUUCCAAGCCGCGUGUGUCACUUGGUGGGCUUUACUUUUCUCCCCAAACCCUAAUUCCAAUUCACCACCAAGAAAUCCCUGAGGUCAAGAACACAUUCGCAAGAAUUGCGGGUGAAGAGGUCGGUGCUGUGAAGGAGAGAUGAAGAGAAAGCGAGGAGAAUCAGGAGAUGAGGUGGAGCCGGCGAGAUUCAGCAAGCAUGGUGAAGGCGGACUGGCGUGGUCCAGAGGUGCAUUGAUCGGAAAGGGGAGUUUCGGUUCUGUUUAUUUGGCGAAUUCGAAGAAACCUAGAUCGCGAUACGGCUUUUAUCCUGUGGUUAUGGCGGUGAAGUCGGCUGAGGUCUCUGCUUCUGGUUCGAUUCAGAAGGAGAGAGAGGUACUGAACAACAUUGGGAGGUGUCCGUACAUAAUUCGGUGCUUUGGGGAAGAGAUCACCACUGGUUCACAUGGUGAGAUGGUGUAUAAUUUGCUGAUGGAGUAUGGCUCUGGCGGAACCCUAGAUGGUUUGAUCAAGAAAUCGGGCGUCUCUGGGCUUCCUGAAUCCGAUGUCAGGUACUAUGCUAGGUCGAUCCUUCGAGGGCUCAAUCACAUUCACGCGUGUGGCUAUGUUCACCGCGAUUUGAAGCCGGAGAAUAUGCUGCUUUUGCCUAAUUCCACAGGUGCCGGUACCGAAUUCAGGGUGAAGAUUUGUGAUUUUGGGUUGGCAAAGAAGGUGAAACAGAACAAGAAGAAGAAGCUGGAUCCCUACUUGAGAGGCACUCCUAUGUAUCUUUCGCCGGAGGCUGUGGCCGAUAAUAUACAAGAGCCACCCUCUGAUAUAUGGGCUUUUGGCUGUAUCGUGCUUGAGAUGCUCACUGGGAAGUCGCCCUGGGAUGGGGAGAAAAAAUUGGAUUCUGAGGCUCUUCUGAGACAGAUUGGUGAAGGUAAUGAAUUGCCUAAACUUCCCAGUACUUUAUCGAUUGAGGGGAAGGAAUUUCUGAAGGGUUGUUUUGCUAGGAAGCCCAUGUAUAGAUUGACUGCUGAAAUGCUCUUGAAUCACUCAUUUGUAAAAGGAUUAGCUGAUCAUGACGUGGAAGUUGAAGAGGGAGAAAAGAUUUUAGUUGCAGAUGAGAUUGUGUUGUCGAUUAUGUCAUAUGAAACUGGCGAGGAAUCUGGUUAUUCAGAAGAGACAGAUGAGGAAUCUGGUUAUUCUUAUGAGACUGGUGAGGAAUCUGGUUAUUCGGAUGAGACUGAGGGGGAAUCUGGUUAUUCCUCCUUCUCUGAAGAUGUUAGCUUUGAUUCAGAGGAGGAAUCCCUUGUUUCGUCUUGGUCAGAGGAGAUUGACAGUCAAGAGUUUUCCAGUGUGACUGAAGAAAAAGUAUCAAAAGAUCAAGAAAGAGGGGAUGCAACAAACUCCAUUGUAUCUCCUGCAUCUGCAAUUGAUGGAGCGAUUAAGGCAUCAUCAGAUCAGGUUUCGACAAACACAAUGAAGCCUUGCCCCGCCACCUUCACAAUUCAUGCUGGUAUUUAGCAUUAUGAUAUCUGUGCUUAGAAGUAUACUAUAGAGAUCAUACAAGAAUUUUUUGCUGAAGACAGGAAGAAAUAAAUCAUAUCUUAGUUGAUAUGUCAUUUAGUGGAACUUCUGUGCUAUAUUAUCGACCCAAAGCAUUAGUCUGUUGGCCCCAUUUUGCUUUCUGUUAAAUGUAGAAGAAAAAGAAUCAUGCAAUCCUAUUGACACCUGAUGCAGGUACUUUGAUUGCUCAUCA